AUGAGUGGAGGAGAUGAGAGCGUUCAGCUGCAGCAGGCCAAGAUCGAAUACUAUUACAGCUCGGCCACGUGCCAGCUGAAGGUGAAGAAGGACCAACAGUCGCUUCGAUUUCUGCUCGAGUCCAAAAAUGUGACGUUCGACGACUUCGACGUGUGCCUCGACCAAAUGCGUAAGGCCGAGAUGCAGGCCAAGAGCGGCAAGGCCUCCUUGCCGCAACUCUUUGUUGACGACCGCUUCGUUGGGGGGUACGACGAGGUCCAGUACAUGGAAGAGCUGGGUACACUGGACCAGGUCUUGUUCAAAGAGGUUGAUGGUGUGUAA